AUGGUUUUUAUGGAUAGCUCAGAACUAACUACAUCCAUCAAAAGUGCUGUUCGUCAUCUAAAACAGCUUGGUGGAUCAUUUCAAACAAAUACGUUUACAGAAAAUGACUUAAAUAAUAUUGAUUCAGUUGCUGAAACUCUCAUGAUAUUGGAAAAAGAAAUAUUAAAACUAUAUAGUGAAUAUGAGACCGAAUCAAUCGAUUCUAGUCGACUUCGUCACCGAUUGAAGCUGUUACCGGUCACAAUUAAGAAUGAGAUCCAAGAGGCAAUUAAAAUGGCACGAGUAUCGAAUUUGAGUGUUAUUCAACAAUUACAAAAUGAACUUGAUAAGUAUCUUCAACAAGUACGAGAUUGUACUGAACAGGAUAAAAACUAUCUCAAAGCUAUACAAGAUUUGCAAGCAGAGAAGAAAAGAUUACAAGAUCAAUAUAAUGCAACAAUCAAUGAAGUGAACGAGCGUUUAUCGCAAAAAGCUGCAUUACAAAUCAAAUUGAACGAAACUAGAGAUGCUGUUAGAGAAACAAACAAACACACAUUCGAUUUAGAAGAAGACAUUAUGGCAUUAAAAGAACGCAUUAUGCAAGAAAGAAACGAUGCUCGAAAAGAGAAAGCGCGUCUUGAGGGAGAAAUUGCCACGACUACUAAACAAUUCGAAGAACAAGAUCAUGCAAAUCAAGUCCUGAAAAGAGAUGUAGAUCUCGCAACCAAUAAGCUAGCCGAGAGUGAAAUGCAACUGCGUACUGUGUAUAGAGAACGCGAACGGUUUGAAAAUGAACGUGAUGAAUUGCAACAGCACGUCGCAGAACAAACUGAACUAUUCGAAAUGGAACAACAAGAACAUGAUCGACUAUUACGCGAACAACUUGAAUUAACUGAAGCAGCUGCCAUAGCUUUACUUGAUUAUCAAGCCAAAAAGGCCGAUUUCGAGCGUCGAGCUAAAGCUGCUCAUGAAGGCAGCAGUAAAGAAACAGAAAAUUUGAAAGUUUUGAAAAAGAAACAUGAUGAUCUUCUCAAAGAAGUUGAAGAACGCACUGCACUGAUGAAAAGUUUAGAAAAUUCAAUUGAAGCGAUUGGCAGAGAGUUAGAAGAAAUCAAGAAAUCCAUUGCCGAAAAACUUGAACAAACAUCCAAAUUGAACAUGGAAAAUGCUGAGGCGACGAAAGAACUUGAAGCUAUGAGGCAAGCGCAUUACAUGAUGCUCGACUCGCUAAAAAUUCAAAUGGAAACACUAGAUAAAGAACUGCAAACUAUUCGGAACACCCGAGUUGCGAAACAGAAGGAACGUGAAGCAUUGUUGAAAUCAAUCGAAAAGGCCAAAUUAACAGUGAAAGAUAACGAGAUCAAACAUAACCGAUUUGUGACUCAAACAACGGCGAAAAUCAAAGAUCUCACUGAACGAAAAGCCAUCUUGGAACAAACUGCUCAAGAAGAUCAGAUACGCUUAACACAACUACAAGAACAAAUUUCCUCUUUGAAAGAAGAAUAUCAGCAAAUGAAGACACGUUUAGAAAAAGAAAUCAAGUUUCUCGAAGAAGAUACAGUUCAAUUGUUGAUUUCCAUCGAUACAAAUCGAGAGAAAAUCAUCGAUAACACUCCCGAAUAUGAACGCUUGCUAGUCGAACACGAAAAAGUGAGCGCCGCGUACGAAGCUGCUAAAGAAUUGAUGAUCGAAACAAAACGUAAAAAGCAAGAUGUACUGGAUAAAAUCGCUCAAGUUGAACGCGAGAUACGUGAGAAGAUCAAGUCGCGUGACAUUGCCAUCGUCGCUGUCAAAGAAUGUCAACGUGAAACACAAGAACAAAUGCAAAAAACGCAUGAAGAAGUUUUAAAACUCGAAGAAGAUAUUUAUGAUAAAGGUUGUCGAUUGGAAACACUAGAAGCUGAAAAUGAACGAUUUCGAAGAACGAUUGAGUAUUUAAAAUCUCAAAUUGAUUUAUUCAAUCGAUUUACCAAUCAUUCCAGUGCUGAUUUACAAAGUAUCGAUUCCAGUAAUUUCGAUCUACUCGGAGUUCUAAAAAUCGGUUGGAACAAAGAUCGACAAAUUGAAAAUACAGCUGCACAAAAAGAUUUGGAAUACAUCGAUAUUCUAACCGCUUUACUCAAGCAAACAGAAAAACGUAAAGUCAAAGUCGGUUCGGUCGUUACCCGUCUCAUCGGAGAACUGCAACAAUUGAAGUAUUACCUCGAAGGAAUGUCCAAUCCAGCAACACCAAUGCGUCCAUUACAAAUGACAUCACUGAGUCAACAGAGUCGAACAGGCCGAAAUGCGUCCAACGAACGCGAACGAUCGUCAGUGAAGUCACCUUUGUCACAAUCUGAUCCGUCAAAAUCAAGACGAAGAUCGCCUUCCGGUUCACGAGGUGAUCGAUCUGCACGAUCGCCAACGCAGACGCAUGACGAUACCCAACGACGUCCUCCUAAUUCACCUGAAAUUUACCCGCCAAGACCAAGCAGUAGCAGAAAAAAGCCGUGA